UGACGACGGGAUCAGGGCCAGAAUUUAACUCACCAACCUGGGAUACAGACAGUCCUGCGAGCUCCAUGAGCUGGUCGAUGGAGAAGGCGCCUGUGCUCAUCAGCUCCCUAUCCAGGGCGGCUGCAGCCUUUGCACCGAGUGUCUACCAGUGACUGUCAGCUGCCAUUCAUUCACCAUCAAGCAAAACAGCGUGCCUUGAAUACCAUGGUCGAGUUCAAGGUGUGGGGCGACCUCUUGCUGUGUAUAGUCGAAGACCGAGUGGAGAGAGAGCAGUGGGAGGGGGAGGAAAAUCCGGGGGGAGAAACAAAAAGAAGCAAGACAGGUAAACCACCCAGAAGAGCUCAUGUUACAGCCGGAGGGUGGGGCAAUGCAUGCGCCCACGCACCACCUCAGCACCUGCACCCAUUUGGCGCACGGACCCCAAGACUGCCCAGCCAGAAUUUUUGGAGCUUUCUCCGGUUCCACUCACUCGAGCGAGAGAGCGCAUCCCGCCGGAGAGGCCAUCGCCAAAACCUUACGACGACCGCAGCAACCACCGACUCCGUACUCCGUGCCCCGGAUCGCACCCGCCCAGCUCAACCCCGCAACAUGGUCGUCAAAAUCCGUCUCGCCCGCUUCGGGCGCACCAACUCGCCCUUUUACAACAUUGUGGUAGCCCAUGCCAGGACGGCCCGCAACUCCCGGCCCCUCGAGGUGAUCGGCACCUACGACCCCAUCCCCAAGAAGGACACCUACGACGAGUCAGGGAGGCUGCACAAGGACAUCAAGCUCGACAUAUCGAGGGCGCAAUACUGGAUUGGUGUGGGGGCACAGCCGACAGAGACAGCGACCAGAUUGUUGAGUAUGGUGGGAAUCGUGGACCCUAAAUACCAGAAGACGCCACCAAGGAAGUCGACACCAAAAAAGGAAAAGGCGGCCCCGGCGGAGGCAUGAGUUAUGGGAGGGUUUCCAUGGGGAUAGGAAGAGCGGCAAAAGAUGGGAAUGGGACGGGCGUGUAUUCUAAAGGGAGGAUGCGUACUGAUACCGCACACAAUCCCUUGGCAUAUUUCUAACAGGCGUUUUUGGGCCGACACUGUCUGGAUUGUACGAUACGGUAGGGGAAUGGAAGCUCUAUCACUAUUGUUUGGGAAUUGUGGGAAAUCUUGCAUCUCGAAUGAUGAAGUGGAGGGCUUGGGGGUUUUUCACGCCAACGAGUUCCCAACCAGGGCCAAGAACGUGUGACCUCCAAAACCCAAGACGAUUCAAAGUAAGCAAUUGUUGAGGGACCAUAGCCAGCUGCCUGCCACAUACAAACCCUAAUCCUUGCCUGUCCAUGAUGGCGACCAACAGCAUCUACCUUAGCUUGUCUAGGUAGGUACUCAAAUUUGACCGAGCUCAGAGGCCAAGCUGAGCCAUAAGACAUGAUUCACACGUUUACUUCAAGCACUUGUAUGAAUGCCACGUCCAUCUCAGGACUACACAUUCUCUUUUCUAGUAUCAUAG